AGAGCUUCAUCAAUUCGACCCAUCGCAUUGCGCAUUUCACCGUCGCCUUUCUUGACACUUUGUCAAGAUCGUGCAUCAUCGCACUUGUCCAGAAAGCUGUGCAAGACACUCUACGUGUGCCUCAUGUCACAAUAGCGUAGCUGUCACCGAGUUGAAUCCAACCUCGUCUGCGCUGCGUGACGUCUUCGGCGCGUCCCUCCGCCGUCCACAAUGGCCGCCCAGGGCAAUGUCGCCGACACGAUAAAGCAGCUCAAUGCUGCUCGAAACCUUGCUCUCGCCGAUCCAGCUCUCUAUCCUCAAGUCGUCCCUGGUCUUCUUAGAAUUGUGGGCGCCGAGGCCAUACUCGAGCUUAGAAGAUGGGGCGCCGACUUCUUCGCCGAAACCUUCGCAUCCCCCGUCCUCGCCCAGGAACACAAGCAGAACUUGGGGCUGCAGGUUCUAGACACGCUCAAAGCUUUCCUCGAGCGUCCCAAUGAAGACACCGCUGUCAUCAAGAGCGUUGUUCAGACAGCUGCGAGCAUCUACCCCUUCAUCUUCCGCCAUAUCGUCGCAAACCCCCAGGAUGCCUCGCCAUGGCAGAAGAUGGCCGCCAUCAAGUCGAGCAUUCUUCGUAGAAUGGCCAAUGCUCCUCCCGGUAUCCACAUAUGCUCGGUCAAGUUCAUUCAGAGGGUCGUCCAGGUCCAAACCCCAGGUCUGAUAGCGGAUCCAAGGCGUCCUGAGCAGAAUGAGAUCUCUCUUGCUUUGGUACCUCGUGACCAUCCCAUUGUCUCUCCCUCAACGCUUGAAGCCGAAGCCCUGGGCUUGCUUGACAGACUACUUGGCGUCUUGCAAGACAACAGUACCGAUGCGUUGCUUGUGACAGCUACCUUGAACAGUCUUGGCUCGUUGGUCAAGAACCGUCCCUCAGUCGCCAACAAGAUCAUCUCAACUGUCCUCAACUACAACCCUUUCAAACUCGCAACCACCACCCCCGUCUCGCCAACCCACAAAGUUAUGAUCAGAUCCAUGACACGCACCACAACCACCUUCUUGAUCAACAUCAUCAAGAAGAACCCUAACCACCCCCUCGCCGGCCGUAUCCAACAGUGCAUUGAAAGACUCAGACACACGCUCGUAGAUGUGUUCGACGAGUCUAGUCGCAAGAGGGCCGCACCCUCCGAGCCAACUGACGGUCUGUCUGAGGCAAAGCGCCAGCGUCUGAAUGCGCAAAUGCCACAAGCGCCUGCCCAGACACCACAAAUACCACCGCUGCCACAAGGUCCUGUAAGCCUUGCUCAGCUCUUCACUCUUACUCAAGACCAGGGCCUGAGAAACUUCGAUGUGAACGUGAUUCCUUCCAAUGUCGUUCUGAGCAUCGUGGCACCACUUUUAAAGUCAAUAGACAAGGCCAAAAUGGAUGCUGCCAUCAACGCUGUUCAGGCGAGGUACUUGUCGUUAGCUGCGAGACCUGCCACAGCUGCCACGGCUGCUCGAGUGGCCACGGGUACUGGUCCUGCUCCGGCCGACGAAGACGAAGACUAUGAGCCUGGCGUCGAAAGUACCGAUCAAAUUACCAACAAUCUCGAUCAAGCCCCUCCAGAUGCCGAUAGAGCGCCGGUGUCUCUGGGGCCUUUCAACCUACCUCCACCACCUCCAUUGACUACAGAUCAGGUCGCAGAGUACAGCAAAGGAACAGUGAACCGCGUGUUCAGCACCCUGACUACACUCGAGCAGUCUGCGCCAAGCAAAUCACAGAGAGCCGGUUUCAAUCGUCUUGCAGCUACCAACCAUGACCGAGAUGCUUGGAUCACGCUCGUCACUCGCCUUGCUACACGUGCUCCAGCUGGACUCGACGAAGGCAAGCUCAAAUCCGAGGGAAGCAGCUUGUCAAGGGGCGGUCUACUAAACGAUGCUGUACGGGACUCGUUGUAUCUCUACAUCAUUGAAGAUUUUAGAAAGCGCAUCGACGUCGGCAUCUCAUGGCUUGCCGAAGAAUGGUACAACGACCGCAUACAGAAACAGCAGAACAAGGAGGCAGAGUAUAUUCAAGAGCAUUACGAGAAAUGGAUGCUCAAGAUACUUGAUGGGAUUGUGCCUUUCUUAGACGCCAAGGACAAACUUCUUAUCCGGUUCCUCUCAGAAAUUCCCAGUAUUAAUCAGGAUGUCCUUAAGCGGGUGGUCAGACUGGCCAAGGACCCUGAGAGAGUUCAGCUUGCAGUUCAAGCUCUACACUACUUAAUUCUUCUUCGACCUCCGGCUAGAGAAAUGGCUCUUGAUGCGUUGGAAGAGCUAUAUAAAAACUACGACGAAUCGAGACCACUAGUGACAAAGAUCAUGCCCAAAUUCCGACCAGAAGCACUCGAAAGACUCCAAGGAGCAGUUACAACUUAGACACGGAGAAUCUGAAAGUCUCAAGUCUUGUUGCUCAAAUCGCAAGCCGCAUAUCACCGAAGAAACAGAAAUCACGUUGCAUCAAAGCAUGUCAAAUGACGCUUGCUAGGACAUCAGGAGAACCAUGAAUAGAAAUUAGGCAGAGACAACAAUCGAAAAGUAGCAUCAUGGCUGAGCACAGCAAACACAUCAUUGAACUACUACCUCCUAAACAUGUAUCGAUAGAGACAACGGCCCGCUGGAAUUGCUUCUAUACAUAGUCCUGCGAGGCAGUGCUAGGAUAGGAGGAGUCGUUCAGCGUCGAACGUGUGUGGUUUGCU